AUGGCAAACCUGCGCCCACCAACAGCACCGUAUAGCGAACCUCUCCUCCCCCAACUAACAAUCCCAAACCCAUACUACAAACCCCAUCACUACGCUCUACGAGCCCACGUCCGCGAAUACGUCGACACAUACAUAGCACCAUACGCGCACGAAUGGGAAGAAGCAGGCCAAGUCCCCGAAGCCGUCCGCCUGCGCCACUGCAAACUUGGUUAUGGCAUCGUGCACCCGUUGACAAGCGAGGAGGACUCGGCUGGUCUGGCAUUGCCUGGUGGUGUACCGCGUGGCCAGUGGGAUACGUGGUGCUCGCUGAUUGUCUCCGAUGAGCUUACCCGGGUUGGGUAUGUUGGUGUGAUCUGGGGGCUUGGGGGUGGGAAUGGAAUUGGGUGUCCGCCGGUUGCUAGGUUUGGGAGUGUGGAGCAGAGGAGACGGUGGUUGCCUGCUGUUGCGAGGGGGGAGGUGAGGUUUUGUUUGGGAAUUACGGAGCCUGAUGCUGGUUCUGAUGUUGCGAGUAUUCGAACUACCGCUGUGCGUGACGGGGAUCAUUAUGUUGUUAAUGGUGCGAAGAAGUGGAUUACCAACGGUAUUUGGGCGGAUUAUUGUACUGCUGCUGUGCGGACUGGUGGCGCUGGUAGGUCUGGGAUCUCUUUGCUCGUCAUUCCUUUGACUGCGACGGGUGUGACUCGGCGACGCAUGCAUAACUCUGGUGUCAAUGCGAGUGGUUCAACGUACAUCGAGCUAGACGAUGUCCGUGUUCCUGUCGGGAAUCUGCUCGGUGAAGAGAACAAGGGCUUCCCAUUAAUCAUGUCAACUCGUGUCUGCGCUGAGGACGCCUUCAAGUAUGCCAUGCAGCGCGAGACAUUCGGCUCGCCUUUGAUCGAAAAACAAGCAAUUCAAUCUAAGAUCUUCAAGUUUGGGUUGAUGAUCGAGCCCGCCUAUGCAUUCAUGGAACAGCUUGUUAACAUUCUCGAACUGACCAAGGAGCAUCCCACUGAUGAUGUGAACAUUGGAGGGAUGACUGCCUUGCUUAAAGUGAUGUCCACGAGAGCGUUGGAGAAAAGUGUUCGUGAAGCACAACAGAUCCUUGGUGGUGCCGGGUAUAAUAAGGCUGGAAAGGGGGCUCGUAUUGAGCAAAUUAGUCGUGAUGCUCGAGUUCAUGUUGUUGGUGGUGGAAGUGAGGAAAUUAUGGCUGGAUUGGCCUUGAGAGAGGAGACUAAGGCGUUGAAGACCCGACGGAUGGCUCUUGAAAAGAGACAGUCAAAAGUAUGA